AUGCAUCGAUAUUGGAAUAUUUUUACGUUGUCGGUGGCGGCUGUUAUAUUAAUAGAUGGUUUUACCAAGAUCGUACCUCCAGGAAGUAUUCUUAGCCCAAUGGACACAUCAUUUUUUCCUUCGUAUUGGAUGACUUUACCAUUGGCAUUUGGUCUUACCAACACUGAGUUUGCAAAUCAUGCUCUGCUUAAUCCAAGUAUUGUUUACUUAAUGUUUGGACCGGAUACUUUACAAAGAUCAAUAGCCAUAAAGUCCGAUUUCAUACGUAUGUGGAUGAACUUACCACUUGUAGAACCUUUAUUCAUGCCUUCCUCAAUAAAAGAAUUCAACACGUUCCAAAUCGACUCACCGAUCUGUAUCAACAUUGAUCAUCUCAAUUUUGAAGGACCAUUCGAGAGUUUUGGUCCGAUCUCUUCAGCAAAGGUAUUGAACUUUGAAUGUGAACUUGUUGCCUUUUUUCUCAUUGUUUCGUUGUACAGAGAUUCCAAAAUGGUAUUUGGCAAGCAUAAAAAUUCAUCACAAUUAAAUUGUUCUAAUAAAUCAUCAAUGCUUCAUAUCUAG